AUGGAAAAGCCGAGGCUGGCUGGUAUCCGUUUGCAUGCUCCAGAAAAUGAACUGGAAAAAUUUUCGGAAUCGAUAGACGAGUAUCCGGAAAGUCAGGUUAUUGAGCGUUAUGAAGAUCAACUAAGACCCAAUGAGAAGCUUACAGCUGAUACUCGCUUGAGUUUUGACGAACGACGAAUUAUUGAUGAUUAUCGAAAUGCUCAAGAAGAGUUCCUGGAACCACUGCAAGGAGAAACACCACAAAUAGAUUUUGGAGUAAAGAAGAAGGCGGAUUAUCGAAUUCGGGAGCAAGCGGAAUAUGAUCGGUUAAUCAGCGGCGUUACCGAGCCAACGACAACAUCCGUUGAUCUGGAAAAUAGAAUUACCCAGCCCACGAAUGCGUGGGGAACCAAAACAGUGGCCACUACAAGCACCGAAAAGCCAUCGACUGUGAGAAUUGUUCCUGGUAAACCAUAUGCUUUACAAAAGAGAUAG